AUAUAUUUGUACCGACCAACUUAUAUGUUGUGUCCACAGUCCACUACAUGAUUGACAAAUUCCUCAUAAAACCAAUUGCAAUUUCUCAAUUACCAUUAAAUUAACUUAAUUCCAAUUCUUUUUUGGGUUUUCAAGAAAAUCUGCUCAGUAAUUUUUAUGCCAAAUUGAAGGUAUACUGGGAAUUUUUUUAUCAAGUCGAUGAAAAAAGAGGUUUCUUUUUUUGUUUCUGCUUGUUUUAUGUGUUUUCAAGAUUUUAGUUGUAAUUUAAGUGAGAAUUACAGUUGAUCUGUUGAGUUUGAAUAAUUAAUAAUUUGAUUGGUGUUGGGCUUGUGCUUUUUGGAUUUAUAAUUAAUGGUUAAUUCUGUUUAAUCCCAGGAAAGAUAAGGAAAUUGAUAAUUAUUGAUUAGUUUGUGCUCAGUAAAUUGAGGAAAGAUAGAAAAAUGAAUAAUUUUUGCUUCAUUGUUCAUAUGUGUUCAUAAAAUUGAAGAAAGAUAGAGAAAUGAAUAAUUUUUGCUUCAUUGUGUUACAUAUGUGAUCAGUAAAUUGAAGAAAGACAGGGAAAUUGAUAAUUGUUGCUUCAUUGUGUUUGAUCUCUCUUGCAUAGUCUUGUUAGAGAUUUAUAUGCCAGUGGAAAAUGUAGAGAAUAUAUAUAUAUAUAUGACGGUGGUCUUCAGGUAUGAGCGCCUCAACUAUUCUACCGGGUAGCUGGUAGUUGGUACCUCCGACCAGCAUAAGUACUGGGUAACUCUGCCCGCCAAGGUGUAGGCAUACCGCAUAUGUGAAGAAAUCAGCUAGAACAUGUAGAGAACCUAAUUUUUAGAUAUUGGAUUUGGAGGAGGUUAAAUGGAGCGACAUGGAUAAUGAGGAUUCAUAUGGUCGAGUCUAAUUAGUUCGGUAUUGAGGUGCCCUACGUUGUAUAACAAGGCUAUUGCCCAAUUUAGCUAGUCUUAUGUAUUGUAGGAAAUUGGUCCUUGAGCAACCUAAGUUCCGGCCAGUGAUCCAUCCUUUCCAACACUUGAUCUUUUAAAUAAUUGGAAAUCCCUCCAAUAAUUACAAAUAUGCUUCCAGAUCACUAAAGCCUACAGGAACCUGAGAGGAAUUGUGAGUAAUGUGCCUUGGAGGAACUUAACAUGUCAUAAUGUGGCUGCACCCAAACAUGUGUUUAUACUCUGGGUGGCAUUGCAUGGAAAACUUAGAACAAAGGAUAGACUACUCCAAUGGGGUUUGACUGUGGAUGAAAAUUGUGUUUUCUGCCAGGUGGUGCCAGACACUGCUGAACUUAUUCUUUGAAUGCAAUGUUACAAGAGGAGUCUGGCAAAGGUUUCUGGGAUGGAUGAAAUGGCAUAGAACUGUGACUGCAUGGAAGAAGGAAUGGGAAUGGGUUGCAAAACAGUCCAAGGGUAAAAUUGCAGAGAAAUGCUUACUGAAGGCUGGCCUUGCAGCUGUGGUAUAUGCCCUUUGGAUAGAAAGAAAUGCAAGGGUGUUUCAACAUAAGGUUAGGGGCCUAGAGGAGCUGCUGCAUGGUUUGAAAACUAGCCUAUGUAUUAGAGUCAGGGAAAAUAGAAGGUUGUUUGACUAUAUUUGUAGUUUGUAGUAGCUGUUAGGACUACUGUAACUUGUAAGGAGAUAGAGGGAUUGUUGGUUGCCAGUUUUUCUUGAGAGGGGUUAAAUAUGGUAGGAUUCCCCUGGUUUUGUAAUGUUCCACUGGUGAUUAAUAAAAAGUUUGUUAAUUGCCAAAAAAAAUAUGCUUCCAGAGAGUGACUUUUUUUUUAUUUUUUAUACAAACCCUAAUCAGAUUUGAAGGAUCGCACACUAUCCUAAUAGAUGAGGUAAAUGCAAAAGCUAAGCUUGGAUACUUAGUCAUACAAAUAUGAAAUCCAAGGUCUCCAAGAAAUACAAAAGUAAUUGUACUUCUAUAUAUAGACAAAGCAGUCCACCCUCAGGGGGGAUCCCUAAUUAUCUCCUUCUUCUUCUUUUUAAUAGUUCUAAAGUUAGCUAUGCUCCAUAUGUCCAUGGUCAUGAGCCCUUUAACCUCUGAAGGAAGAUCAGCAAAAACUUCAUAUAGCUUGUUGCGAGGGUCUGCGAAACUCAGAGAAGCCAGCUUAUCAACUACUUUAUUUGCCUCUAUAUAGCAGUAUUGUAAAAUGAAGUCUGUAGUCACCAUACAUUCUUUAAAGACAUCCACUUCUUUUUGUAUUCUCCAAGGUGUAAGGUUGAGACAAUUCACACAGUUAACCAGCAAUUUAGAAUCACUUUCUGCUAGGAUAAAGUCAUGACCAUUAUUGAUUCACCAGUUAACACCAAAAAGAAGUGCAACUGCUUCUGCCCAGUUGCUGGUGCCAGAUCCCAGGCUCAAGGAAUAAGCAAAAAUUAGAAGGCGUUCAUAGUUUCUAAUCACCCCUCCUCCUCCACAUUCACCAUCCUUGCGACUGCCAUCAGAAUUGAUUUUCACAAAGCUGAUGGAGGGUUUGAGCCAUCUCACCAUAAUGAACUUCUUGGCAUUGAUAUUACUCCUCAUCAGUAAAGCAAUAGCAUCCCAAUUAGUCUUCAAAUUAACUUUCACAAACCGGUUGCUCACUAUCUAGCCAAAGUGGUAUAUAUAUGGUUAAUAGACUUCCUGAUGUUGUGAGUCUAUUUUCCAUAUUUGGCUCCACACCUGGCUAAUCUGCAUGCUAUAUAUAUGCUCUGGUACCGCACCCAAGGGUGUGGCCUAGUGGUCAAUGAACUGGGUUGAGCACCAUGAGGUCUUAGGUUCAAUUCCCAGCAGAGACAAAACACUAGGUGAUUUCUUCCCAUCUGUUCUAGCCUUGGUGGACAAAGUUACCUAGUACCUCUUGCUGGUGGGAGGUGACAGGUAUCCCUGGAUUUAGUCGAGGUGUGCGCAAGCUGGCCGGGACACCACGGUUAUCAAAAAAAAAAAAAAGUAUAUAUAUAUAUAUAUAUAUAUAUAUAUAUAUAUGCUCUAGUACAUGAUUAAGAAUAUGAACAUCCCAACCACCCCAAAGCCACUGCCCAUUGCUGAAAAUCAGACAAUUUCAAAUUCCUUGGUCGUCUAUCUUCACGAAGAAACUGCCACAAGGCCCCAAGGCCUGUCCAGUUAUCAAACCACAUGGACACAUUUCCUUUACCAAUCUUUCAAAGAAUCUAUUGAUCCAUAGUAGUUUUGAUUUUGCACAUGUCAUUCCAAGAAUGAGAGUGCUCUGAAUACCACCUUUUUUUGACUGGAUGAAUCCUUUGACUAUAAUUUUGCUAGAAGGAAUUCACUCCAUAAGGAAUUGCUAGAUCUUAAAAUCCACCACUGUUUCACUGUAAAUGCUUUACAAGUUUCCUGCAGCCUUCUGAAAACUGCUCCUCCUUCAUCAUAUGGAUAGCACAAAUUUCAGUCAGACUUGUUGCCUUUUGGGUUGAACUCACAUUAACUUAAAGAAUCUCUUAUAAGGUAUAUAGUAAAUAGUGCUGAGUUUGACUGACAAUUGAUGAGCCAUGCCUUUUGAUCUCUAGGUGCCAUUCUCAUAAGUUCAAAUAUAUCAAGAAGGAUCUUUUAAUGGAGCAAUGUUCUGGAGAAAAUGCUGAUAUUACUGAAUCAGAGAUUGAUGACUAUAAAGAAAGAUCUUAUGUAGAGCUGAAGUAUGGAAAUCAAUCUUUCAAGAUAUCAGAUGUGGCUUACACUUGUCCCUAUUGUCCGGAGAAAAGCACGCGUCACCUUUUCUACGAAGAUCUCUUUCAGCAUGCAAGUGGAAUAGGAAAGUCUAAGAUACGAACUCCAAGAGAUAGGGCCCUGCAUCUUGGAUUGGCCAAGUACUUGGAAAAUGACGUAGCAGGUGCUGCUGGUCCAUCGAAAUCUAAUAAAGAGUUGAAGAGUGGAACUCACUCUUCUAGGAAAUCAGAUGUAGCUUUUGCUUGCCCCUAUUGUCCGGAGACAACAAAAAGGGAUUUUUCUUAUAAGGAUCUCUUGCAGCAUGCAAAUGGAAUAGGAAACUGUAACUCUAUGAAGCGAACUGCAAGAGAUAAGGCGAACCAUCUCGCAUUAUUUAAGCGCUUGGAAAAUGGUGCAGCAGGUUCUAUCAGUUCAGCAAAAUCUUAUGAAGAAUCAGCAAUCAAAAAAAAAUCUUAUGAAGAGUCGAUGAGUGGAAAUCAACCUCUUAAGAUAACAAAUAUGACUUUUGCUUGCCCCUAUUGUCCGGAGACAAGAGAAAGAAAAUUUUCUUAUAAGGAUCUCUUGCAGCAUGCAAAUGGAAUAGGAAGCUCUAACUCUUUGAAGCGAAGUGCAAGACAUAAGGCGAACCAUCUUGCAUUAGCCAAGCGCAUGGAAAAUGAUGUAGCAGGUUCUGCCAGUUCAUCAUAUAAAGAGUGGAGGAGUGGAAAUCACUCUCUUAAUAUAUCAAAUAUGGCUUUUGCUUGCCCCUAUUGUCCAGAGACAAGAAACAGAGAUUUUUCGUACAAAGAUCUCUUUCAGCAUGUGUAUAGUGUAGCAACCUGUAGCUCUUUAACACGAACUGCAAGUGAUAAGGCCAACCAUCUUGCAUUGGCUAAGUCCUUGGAAAAUGAUGAAGCCGGUGCAGCUGGUCCAUCAAAAUCUUAUGAAGAGUUCAAGAGUGGAAAUCACUCCUUGAAGAUAUCAGAUAUGGCUUUUGCUUGUGCCUAUCCAGAGAUGAGAAACAGAGAUUCUUUGUAUGAGGAUCUAUUGCAGCAUACAAGUGGAGUAGGAAGCGGUAACUCUAAGAAGCAAACUGCGAAAGAUAAGGCCAACCAUCUUGCCUAUGCCAAGUACUUGGAAAAUGAUGUAGCAGGUUCUUCUGGUGCAUCAAAAUCUUACGAAGAGUCAACAACAACAACAACAUACCCCUGGUCCCACAAGUGGAGUCUGGGGAUGGUGGGGUGUAUGAAGACCUUACCCCUACCUUUGUCGGGUAGAGAGGAUGUCUCCUGUAGACCCUCGGCUCAAGAAAAUCAUUUUUUCAGAACAAAAUCUUUUGAAGAGUCAACAAGUGGAGAACUCUCUUUUAACAUAUCGGAGAGGACUUUUGCUUGUGCCUAUUGUGCAGAGACAAGAAACAGAGAUUUUUCGUACAAAGAUCUUUUGCAGCAUGCAUUUGGAGUAGGAAACUGUGACUCUAAGAAACGAACUGCAAGAGAUAAGGCCAACCAUCUUGCCUUGUUCAAGCACUUGCAAAAUUUUGCUAAGUACUUGGAAGAUGAUGUAUCCAAUGCUGCCAGUACAUCAAUGCCUUAUGAAAGAUUGAAGAGUGGUAAUAAUAAUCACUCUUUGAACAAUUCAGAUGUGGCUUUUGCUUGCCCCUAUUGUCCAGAGACUAGAAACAAAGAUUUUUCAUAUAAGGAUCUCUUGCAGCAUGCUGGUGGAGUAGGAAGCUGUAACUCUAAGAAGCGAACUGCAAGAGAUAAAGCCAAUCAUCUUGCAUUGGCUAAGUACUUGUCAAGUGAUGUAGCCGGUGGUCCUAGUUCAUCUAUAUCUUAUGAAGGUUUGAAGAGCAGAAAUAACUCUUUCAACAUACCAUAUUGGGCUUAUACUUUUGCCUAUUGUCCAAAGAAAAGAAAGCGAGAUUUCAGUGAAAUAGGAAGCUGUAGCUCCAACAAGCGAACUGCAGAAGAUAAGGCUAACCAUCUUGCAUUUGCCAAGUAUUUCGAAAAUGAUGUCGCAGAUGCUGCCAGUCCAUCAAAACCUGAUACUCUGUGUGAUCCUCAGGUUGAUUUUCUUACAGAUCAUGACCUUUCAGAGAUGUUUGUGUGGCCGUGGAUUGGGGUGGUUGUGAACCUUCCCACUGAAUUUAAGGAUGGACGCUAUGUAGGAGAAAGUGGUUCUAAUCUGAAGGAUCAGUUGAUAAGGAGAGGUUUCAAUCCAACACGAGUGCGCACUCUUUGGAAUGACCUAGGCCAUUCUGGAAUUGCUCUUGUUGAAUUCAAGAAAGAUUGGCUUGGGUUCAGUAAUGCCAUAUCAUUUGAGAAGGCCUAUGAGGCCGAUGAUCAUGGCAAGAAGGAUUGGGAAGCCAAUAAUGGGGAAAAAUCUCAUCUUUAUGCUUGGUUAGCUCGAGCUGAUGAUUAUCAGGCCACUAAUAUUGUUGGUGAAAAGCUCCGCAAAGUUGGAGACCUUAGAACUAUUUCUAAUAUCAUUGAAGAAGAAUCUCGAAAGAAUCGUAUACUUGUUUCUAGUUUGACCAAUUCCAUUGAAGUCAAGAAGUUGCACAUAAAUAUGAUAGAGGACAAAUUACGGGAGACUACCCAAUCUGUUGAACAGUUGAUUGUAGUGAAUGCUAAACUUCGACAAGAAAAUAAUGAAGAAAUAAAAAAGAUCCAGUCAAGUGCACGUGAUCAUUUCCAGCAGACAUUUAUUAAUCAUGAGAAGUUGAAGUUGCAAUUGGAAACUCAAAAAAAGGAGCUUGAACACCAACAUGAAGAAUUGCAGAAACGUCAGGCCCAAAAUGAAAGUGAUAGGAAAAAACUGUCCGAAGAUCAUGAACAGAAUGCUAUCCUAAAAACAUCCCUUAGUGCUGCGGUUGAAGAGCAAAAGAGCGUUGAUGAAAAAGUACUGAAAUUGGCAGAAGAACUGAAGAAACAAAAGGAGGAACUCCAUAAGAGAAUUAUUAAGCUUGAGAAACAACUCGAUGCAAAAGAAGCAGGAGAAACAGAAGUUGAGCGACUGCGAAUGGUUAUAAAGCACAUUGAAGAAGAGGGUGAUCAGGAAGUUCUGGAAAAUGUUGACACACUGCUUAAAAAUUUAAGAGAAAAGGAAGAAAAAUAUGAAGAUUUAUUGGCGUUGAACCAAACCUUGAUUGUGAAGGAGAGAAAAGGCAAUGAUGAGCUGCAGGAAGCACUUAAAGAAUUGGUUAAUGGCUUGAAGGAAUUACCUAGAAAUGGUCCUAUUGGUGUUAAGAGGAUGGGAGAGCUCGACAUCAGACCAUUCCUUGAAGCAAUGAAGAGGAGAUAUAAUGAGGGAGAAGCUGAGCAGAUAGCUUCUGAGUUGUGCUCGUUGUGGGAGGAGUACCUUAGAGACCCUGAGUGGCAUCCCAUUAAAGUCAUUGCCAUAAAUGGGAAACAUCAGGCUGUAAUAGACGAUGAAGAUGAAAAACUGAAAGACUUGAAGAGAACUUACGGUGAGGAAGUGUAUAAAGCUGUUACAACCGCUUUGACUGAGAUUAAUGUAUAUAACCCAAGUGGAGGAUAUAUCAUUUCGGAGCUGUGGAAUUAUAAAGCUGGUGAGAAAGCGACUCUGGAGGAGGGAGUUACUGUGUUACUAAACCUCUGGAAAAAGAAAAUGACACUCGACUGAACGUUCUUUAGGUACCACCUUUCUCUUGCCACGAUAUCUUCAUCGGUAACAACUUCACAAUAUUUGAAGGGUAUGAGUUCUAACACCAAAAAAGAGCGCACAGAAGAAUCGAGGAUAACAAAAAGAAAAUGACUAUAAUGGAAUACCUGAUUUAGAGAUAUUAAAAUAUCAUUUUAACAGGCAUUUGUCUCCCAACUGAAACUCUGCUUUUCUCUGGAUUUUUUCUAUAUAUAUGUAUAUAUAUGCUCUUCUAUGUUAAUAGUUUCCAAGAUACUCGAAUGCUUCGCUUAAGACUAUGUCACAUCACAUUCCAUUCUAGCAGAGGCGGAUUUGAACUUUAUGGGGUUGUGAAUUGUAGGACCGUGACCUCAAGUACUAAUAACUGAGUUCUAAAUUUAAGUUUUGUACAUAUUUAGUGGAUUUUUUAAUACAUAAGGAAUGAAAUCCUUCACCGUGUUUUGGUUCUCCAUGUUUAAGAGAAGUGUUUUCUCAGAUAAAUGCAUAACACUCUCUCGAAUAGGAUGGUUUUCUGAUCAGUUCAGUCUUGUUUUUUCUUUUUGUAAAGGUUAGAGGAGCUUCAUGCUUGCAUUUUUCAUGUAAAAUUGCAUGUCAUUGAUAUAGCCAGGUACAGACGAUAAAAGCGGAGAGUUGAAAAAUAGGCCUAAGCUGGGAGGAGGAUGAGUUCGAGCCGUUUAAAGCAG